AUGCCGCGCUUCCUGCCGCCAAAGCCGGGGCAGGCGGCGGGUGUGGUGCGCAUGGUGCUCUGGGUCUAUCGGGACGCGUACGGCACCGAGCCCCGCACAAAGGUGUGGCUGGACGGCGCGAGCGCCUUCAAGCUGGGCCCUGAGGAUGGUGUCGUGCGCCUCCACCCCAACCACGAGCAGCCCAAGAACGCCUCAACCAAGUACGACCGCGGCUGGCUGCUAUUCUUCCGCCCCGCCGCCGCCGCCGCAAGCCCUGUAGACGCCAGGGAGUCUUUCAACCGCUUCGUUGACUGCUGCAACCGGCCGCUCGACUACCUCGCGGCCGCGACCGCGGCCGGCAGCGGGGGCGGGGGUGCAGGUGCCGGCCCGCCCGUGCAGCCGCAGCCAGCGCCGGCGCAGCAGCCGCAUCAGCCGCAGCAGGCACAGCAGUAUCCCCCCGUACCCGGCUGGGGAGGGCCUGCCGCCGGGUCGAUGGGUUCGCCAGUGGCUGCAGCCGGCGCGGCAGGCGCAGCCGCCUACCCCAGUGUAAGCUUCUUUGACCCCAACAGCCCUCUCCUGCAGCAGCCCCCUGCCCCCACCGCGACACUCGGCCGCGUGCUGUCGCUGCGCCCCGCCGACACGCCGCCUGCGUCGGGCCUCGCGGCGCCGCCGUCGGUCCCCGGGACGCCGCUGGCGGCGGCGGGCAGCGCCGGCAGCCUCACUGGAUUCGGGUCUGGCGGGUCCGGGACGCCGCAGCGGCGGCAGCAGCAGCAGCAGCAGCAGCAGCAGCAGCAGCCGCCCGAGUACGAUCCCUUAGUGGCGCGUCCGGGAGAGACCGAUAUGGACUUUGCGCAGCGGCUGAGCCGCAUGUAUGGGAGCUUCAGCUCAGCGAUUGCACCUAUUGACAAUGCCAAUGGCGGGCAGCGGCCACCGCAGCAGCAGCAACAGCAGCAGCGACCGCAGCAGCAGCAGCAGCAGCAGCAGCAGCCGCAACGGCAGCAGCAUACUGACGCGGCGCCCAGCGCGCCGCCCGUGAACGCCAACCCCUUCCUGGCGUCGUCUGCGGCGGUCCCCGUGACCGCCACCGCAAUCGGGUACCUCCACGGCUCGAGCGUCCACCGCUGCGUCUGCACCGAAUGCGCGGCGCUGGUGAAGUUGGGGGAGCCGUGCCCGCUGUGCCGCGCGCCCAUCACGGCGGUGCUUAAUGUCUACUGA